CACCCGGGUUAGAUUGACUGAUUGAUAGUCUUUCUUCUUUUCCCCUCGUUGCGGCGGAAACGCGAUUUCGGUUCCGUUGCUGAAUCAAAUCAGUCUCCCUGAUACAAUCCGACUACGAAGAAGAAGAUGGGGACACUGGGGAAAGCAUUCUAUAACGUCGGAUUCUGGAUCCGGGAAACUGGACAAGCACUUGAUCGGCUCGGUUGUCGCCUUCAAGGAAAUUACUACUUCCGAGAAGAGCUAUCGAGACACCGGACGCUCAUGAAUGUUUUCGACAAGGCACCUAGUGUGGAUAAGGAUGCCUUUGUGGCUCCAAGUGCGUCUGUCAUCGGCGAUGUUCGGGUGGGACAUGGUUCUUCCAUUUGGUAUGGCUGCGUCUUGAGGGGCGAUGCUAAUAGCAUUUCUGUGGGAGCCGGGACCAAUAUCCAGGAUAAUUCUCUUGUUCACGUUGCCAAAUCCAACUUAACUGGGAAGGUCUUGCCUACCAUUAUCGGAGACAAUGUCACCAUCGGUCAUGGUGCCGUCUUGCAUGGCUGCACCAUCGAGGACGAGGCCUUUAUCGGUACGAGUGCGACCCUGUUAGACGGAGCUUAUGUUGAAAAGCAUGCCAUGGUUGCUUCUGGAGCUCUUGUCAGGCAGAACACCAGAAUUCCCUCCGGCGAGGUUUGGGGAGGAAACCCGGCUAGGUUUCUAAGGAAGCUGACAGAAGAAGAGACGGCGUUAAUCUCCCGCUCGGCUCUUGAUUACUCCAACUUAGCACAGGUUCACGCCGCAGAAUUUGCAAAGAAAUAUGAGGAGGUUGAGUUCAUGAAAGUUGUGAACAAGAAGUUUGCUCAUCCUGAUGGGGAAUAUGAUUCAACGCCGACAGAACUUGCGCCGCCAGAGAAUGUCGUGAAGAACGAUAAAAGCCCGGCAGCUGCAUAACCGGUUGGUGCCUCCUUUGAGAAUCUUGUUGUUUGGAUUUGAAGAGAACGAGAACUUCGAUAUGGGCUUUCUUUUUUCUCCAAUAAAAUCUCUCUCUGGGCUGAGGGUUCUUCUGAAGUUUUGGACAUUAAGUUAAGACAUUCGUUUUCUUCCUCUUGGAAAAAUUCCAGAAGGGUUUUGUUCUGCGAUUAGCUUGAGAAAGUCGCAACCUUUUCUAGACUCCAAAGGUUUAUACUUUCAUUUUCAUGUCAGUGUUCUGUUUUGGACAAAGCGACAAGCUGGUCGGUGAAAAGCUAUGGGUGGUUGACCACUGCCAUUGCGUGUGAAUGGUUUAUUCUCUUUGUUGCGAUGUUUCGUGUUGUUGAUGACCGAUGCGAGUCAAAGCAGCGUUUAUUA